AUGUCGUCCUCUGUAGAAGUUCUACUGCUCUUCCUUCUCUUUUUAAUUGCGGGUCCUAUCCCUUCACUAGCAAAAGCGCCGCACGUCAUCAGUUUCCGAUCUCCCAACCUCUACCCUGAAGGCCUUGCCUACGACACCUCGGCAGAGCACUUCGUCGUUGGCUCGCUGCACCACCGCGCUCUCCACUCCGUCUCCGACGCCGGCGUUGUUGAAACCAUCGUGUCCGACCACUCCCUCCCUCCUAACACCAGCAUCCUCGGUCUGGCUGUGGAUAAACUCAACAACCGCCUCCUUGCUGCCAUCCACUCCUUCGAGCCUCUCCCUCCCUUCAACGCCCUCGCCGCUUACGACCUCCGCUCCGGCCAGCGCCUCUUCCUCUCUCUCCUACCCUCUACCCCCUCCGACGACGGGAGUCGUCGCCCCAUCGCCAACGAUGUCACCGUCGAUUUCAAGGGUAACGCUUACGUCACGAACUCGCUAGGAUAUCCCGAGGGGAAUUUCAUUUGGAAAGUCAACUCGGAAGGAGAGGCCUCGAUUUUUUCAAGAUCUCCGAUCUUCACGCAGUUUCCCGUUGACCGUGAUGCACCGUUGAGUCCCUUCGGGCUGAACGGGAUUGCUUACGUCAGCAAGGGGUAUUUGCUGGUAGUGCAGACCAAUACGGGUAAGUUGUUCAAAGUUGAUGCAGAAGACGGUACGGCAAGGAAUGUUUUGUUGAACGAGGAUUUGCUGGCCGCCGAUGGGAUUGCGAUAAGGCGAGAUGGUGUCGUUUUGGUUGUGUCGCACAAGAAGCUGUGGUUCUUGAAGAGUGAUGACAGCUGGGGACAGGGAGUAGUUUAUGACAGAACUGACCUUGAUGCUGAGAGGUUUGCUACUUCGGUUGUGGUGGGGAGAGAGGACAGGGCAUAUGUGCUAUAUGGGAGGGUUAUGGAGGGUAUAAUGGGGAAUGGAGGGAGGGAGUGGUUCGAUAUAGAGGAGGUGAGGUCUGCGAAAGAUGGCGAAGAUGAGAAAAUUUGGUUGUAUGUGGUCAUAGGUUUAGGUUUAGCAAUAUUUUUGAUGUGGAGGUUUCAAAUGAGGCAGCUUAUCAAAAACAUGGAUAAGAAGAUCAAUUGA